GCCCUCCUGCUCGCAGCGUCCGCAGCGGCAAAGACGAAGCCGACGGAGCUGCAGGUGGGCGUCAAGUUCAAGCCGGCCGCGUGCGAGCUGCAGAGCGCAAAGGGCGACCGGCUGAGCAUGCACUACACUGGCACACUGUGGGAGGGCAAGAAGUUUGACUCCUCGCUCGAUCGCGGCACUCCUUUCGACUUCACCAUCGGCACGGGCCAGGUGAUCCAGGGCUGGGAGCAGGGCCUGCUGGGCAUGUGCGAGGGCGAGAAGCGCAAGCUGCAGAUCCCGCCCAGCCUCGGCUACGGCGACCACGGCGCCGGCGGCGUCAUUCCCGGCGGCGCGACGCUCGUGUUCGACGUCGAGCUGCUGGCCAUCAGCGGCCCGCGCGCAGAUGCCGCUCGUGCC